AUGGAGCCCCCCAUCGCCACGGACUCCCCCAUCACCACCAACUUCGCCCUCCCCUUCAGCAUCCCGCCCACCGACACCAACCACACCCACACCGUCGUCUUCCUCCACGGCCGCGGCGACACGCCCCGCAGCUUCGCCUCUUCGCUGCACUCCUCGCCCGACGCCGAGGGCCGCUCCCUCGUCGAGGCCUUCCCCUCGCUGAAAUGGGUCUUCCCUGAGCCCGGCACGCAGAUGAACCAGUGGUUCGACAUCUGGAACGUCCGCGACUUCACCGAGCGCGAGCACGUCCAGGCGCCCGGGCUGCGCGCCAGCGUCUACGGCAUCCGCGGCAUCAUCGAGCAGGAGGCGGCCGAGCUGGGCGGUCGCUGUGAUCGCAUCGUGCUGGCGGGCUUCAGCCAGGGCUCCGCCACGGCCGUCCACACGCUGCUCAACCUGGACGUCCCGUCGAUGCCCGCCGCCGACGAUGCCCUCCCGCGCCGCCUCGCCGCGUUCCUCAGCUUCUCGGCCAGGAUGCCCUUCUCCGGCCGCAACCUCGCCGGCACCCGCGCAAUCCUCCGUCUCGACGACGUACCCACCGACGCCGACGUGCUGUGCAACACGCCCAUGCUGCUAGAGCACUGCGCCGACGAUCCGCUCGUGCUGGUGCGCCACGGCCGGAUUCUGCGUGACACGCUGAAAGGCUUCGGCGCCAACGUCGCAUGGCGCGAGUACCCCGACGGCGGACACUGGUUCAACUCGCCGAAGGGGAUGGAGGAGGCGGCCGCGUUUUUGGAAAAGGUGCUGGGAAUCCAGCGGGCGGCCGCUGCGUCGUCUGACGCUGAGUCGUCUGAAGCUGCGCCCUCUGAAGCUGCGUCCUCUGAAGCUGCGUCCUCUGAAGCUGCGUCCUCUGAAGCUGCGUCCUCUGAAGCUGCGUCGUCUGGAGCUGCGUCACCUAAAGCUGCAUCUUCUGAAGCUAGAUCACCUGAAGCUACAUCGCCUGAAGCUGCAUCGCCUAAAGCUGCGUCGUCUGAAGCUGCAUCGCCUGAAGCUACAUCGCCUGAGUCAGCGACCAUGAAGGGCUCGCCAGAUGCACUGGAUCUCGAUUAG